CAUGUAAACACAGCAGAGAUAUGGAGUAAUAAGAUGAGGAUACCUCCGCAGAUGGCAAGGCAUUGAUGCCAGUGCAUAUGCUUUUGCGACAGACAGAGGAUCGAGAACAGAUCCAGACGGCGACAUGGACAAGAAGGCCACCAAGCCGUCCUCCACCGGCGCAUCGAAGACCGAGGACGCGAAGAAGGCAGCGACUACAUCAAGACCUGGUGUAAUGGCGAGAACAUCAACAUCGACAUCGACGACAUCGCCAACGACCAGCCGAACCAGCACACUGAGCUCACGAGCCAAUGGCAUCGGCACUGGUACGACCGGGAAGGUGGCCACUCGCCCCACCACUGCGACAACGCGAAAGGCGACAUCGACGGCGACCGAAGCAGCAAGCGCGAAAGGCACGACAAAAGGCGACGAGAACAAGCGCGUGGCUGGCACGCGCACUCCUACCAAAGCCCCAUCCGUGACGGCACGAGCAGCCAAGCCUGAAAGCACAACGAGAAGAACGACGUUAGGGGGUGCGACAACGACGACAGCGAGCGCUGCUGCCAAGCGGCCCUCGAGCGUGGCAUCGCGCACCAGUUCGACCGUCUCUGCUCCCCUCAAGCCGCGCAUCAACACCGCCCCUACUGCCCUGAAGUCGGCAGCUGCCAAAACAGCACCACCACCCGCGUCCGCACCCGCGCCAGCAGCAGCAAAGGCCUCUGCUACUCCAUCGAGCCCCCGGAGCGCCGUCAGCAGUAGCGCCGUCAGCACGUCAAGACCUGUCACACGCGACACCAUUCCGGAGGAGCCCAUCGAGAUCGAUGGAGACGAGCAUGCGGAUUUCGACAAUGAAGCACCCGAGCCAGGCUUGCAGGCUUCGUCGCCUCGCAAGCUGGAGAUACGCUCCCUCAAAUCGUCAACCUCUUCCCUCCGUCCGCACUCAGUCUCUGACGCCGAGAUCGAGCGGAAGCCGCGCAAGCUUCUACACUCGCGCGCGCAGUCGCUCGAUGUCACCCGUCCGGCCUCUGUACCUGGCAGCCAAUUGUCCGAUCAUGAGCGCGACCUUGGCGAGAUGGAAGUCAUGCACGACUUUCUGCGUGAAGGUGUUGCCAGGGAUGCCAUGUCGGCAGAGAUCAAGGAUCUAAAGGCUGAAAUUGUGAGAAUGGAGCGACAGAACCAAGUUCUAGAGGAAGCUGCCAAAAAUAAUUCUGCUCAAGACCCUGAGAAGACAGGCAAAGAAAGUGUGCAAUCUGCCACCAUCCGUCUGGUUAGGGAACACUCUGCGGAGAUCAGAGAGCUCAAGACUGCGCAUCAGGCAACUAUCGAGUACAUCAAGUCCUCACAUGCUGCUGAGGUAGCAAACUUGAAGACAGAGCUGGAUAAUCAUCGUCGGCGAUCAUCGCGACUGGAGGGUGUGGAGAUCAAGAUUGAAGCGGUCGAAGAGGCUUUGCGAGAGAGCAAGGCGCAAGCAUCACAGAACGAGCAAGAGCUGGAGGAGGAACGGCGAAAGGCGGCGGAUCGUGAUCAACUUGCCAGAGUCGUCGAAGAAUUAAGGCAGGAGAUUGAUCGUUGCCAGCUCAAGCUUGACGAAGACAGCUCAGCCCAGGCCCAGGAGACGGAGGAAGCCCGUAAGCUAUCAGAACAAUUACGCAAGGACUUGGAAGAAGAGCGUCAACGCAGUCAAGCUGCUGAUGAGAAGGCGGAGACGGCUGCAACGGAAUUGCAAGAGACCCGACAGCAGCUCGAGAUGGAGCUGAACGAUAUGCGAGAAAGAACUGAGCAGCAGACUGAAGAGCUCAGAAAUGCUGCGGUCGAUGCAGAGCAGACUAUUCAACGCUUGCACGAGGAAAUUCAGGCGCUUCGUGCCAAAGAUACAGAAGCCGAAGAGCGGAGCAAAACGACUCUGGAAAACUCCUCUACAGUUGUGAAAUCGUUAGAGCAAGAGAUCGAACGUCUGCAGAGCCAGCACGACCUUCAACUGCAGGCCCACACCAAGCGAGAAGAAGAAUCGGAGAAGAUGAUGCAUGAUUUGACAAAGGAGCUCGAAGAGCUAAAGGCGCUUCAGGUGUCCGAACUGGAAAGUACUGCACAUUCAAGCAAGAAAACAGAUGAAGUCAUCCAAGAUCUGCAGAGUCAGCUGGAGAAGCUCCAGCACGAGGACAAUGACAGGAAACAGAUUGUUGAGCAACUACAAAACAAAAUUCGUGGACUCCAGCAACUCAAAGAUGAAUCCGAGAAACAGCAUGCAGAGGAGCGUGAGCAGCUCCAGAAUAUGGUCGACGCUCUCCAAAUGGACGUUCAGGUGAUGGAGCGAACACGCGAGGAGACUUUUGCUCAGAAAGAACGGGAGUCCAAGGACAAUGGCGAGAUCGUUGAAGAGAUGCAGAACGAGGCUAUCGAGCUGCUGCUGAAACUCGACGACAUGACGAAUGCCAAGGACGAAAGCAUGAGGCAGCUUCAGGAGACAACGGCAAGGCUCGAAGAGGAGAUUCAAGCGUCCAAAACGACGGCGGAGGAAGCCAUUGCAAGUAAGGAGCUGGAAACGGCUCAGCUGAGCAAGCUGGUGGAAGAAUUGCAAAACAAAAUCCACGAACACCAACAGGCAGCCGAUGAUGCCAAAUCGCAGGCAGAGAAAGAGGUGUCGGUGCUCAACAACGUCGUCAACAGCUUGCAGACGGAGCUCGAAAAUCUUCAGCACCGGGUGCAGGAUGAAGAGGCUGCACGUCAGCUCUCGGACCAGAAAGGCAGUCAGCUCCACGAAGUGCAUCAGCGUGUUGUGGAAGAGAGAGAGGCAAUUCAAUCGAGGCAUGACUUCUGGAUGCAGCAAAGCCACGAAAAGGAUGAUCGUAUUGAUGAACUGUCUGGGCUAUUAGCAGAAGUCAGAGCCGCGAAAGCCAUCGCCGAGGAGUCCUUAUCGAAUGUCCAGGGGGAGUUAUCAGGCCUGCAAAAUGCUCUCGAUCAAGUCACUCGAGAUGCUAAAGACAGACAAGAGAAGCAUGAAGCUGCAAUCGUUCAGCUCACGCGAGAACUGACCGAAUCUCAUGCCGCUAGAGCGCAGGAAAUCGAAGCUGCUCAUCUAGAGGAAGUCGCAAGGCUUCAGGCUAAGCAGAAGCAUGCUGAAGAAUCGCAUCGCAUCGAGAUUAUUCAGCUGAAGCAACAGGCUUUCACAGAGGAGGGUCUCUCGGCAGUUGCAGUACAACAGAAGUAUGACAGCUUGCUUGCUGAGAAGCUCGACUUGGAGCGAAAGCUUUGCGAUAUCACGAUGCAACACAAUCGUGAACUCGAAGAAGAAACACAACGCCAUGAGGCCAUGUACCGGGAACUGCAGGUCAGCUAUAAUCAAUUCAAAGCCAGUCAGAAGCGCAAGAUCGAGGAGGCGACCAGAGGUUCGCAAGCGGCACAAGACGAUCUCCAGAGGACUGUAUCUCGUCUUUCAGCAGAGCAUGAACAAGCCCUCUCCAGUCUCGCGGACGACCAUGCUCAAAGCAUAUUGCAAAUGGAGCUGGCACACGCGGCGAAAGUCGCAGAGAUCGAGGCUGCAGCUACCAGCAGUUCUGAGCCCGAUGCAAUCGCGACAAUGAAAGCUGAGCAUGAGCAAGCAUUGAUGUCUCUCGCGGAACAUCAUUCGCACAAGAUUCAGGAGCUUACUGAAUCACACACAUCGCAGCUGUCGAACGUCGAGGCUGCCGCAAUUGCGAAGAUGCGAGAGGGGCAUGAUCGAGCUAUGAUCGCGCUAGCAGAUGAACAUUCGCAAAGAAUACAAGCGAUGAGUUUGUCUCAUGCCAAUCAUAUCGCUGAGGUCGAGGCUGCUGCCAUCAGGGAAGCUGGCACUGCGGCCGAGGAACAGGCCCGGGAGCACGAGGCAGCCAUUGAGGUAUUGCGACGCGACCACAAGGCUGCGAUUGAGGCUCUGCAGGAUGGACACACUGCAGCUACCAGAAAAGCUGAGGCCGCCGCCGAACAGCAGGCCCGUGAACAUGAGGCUGCAAUUGCAGCACUGCACGCAGAACUACUACGACGACAAGCUAACAAUGUCGAUUCUCUUUCGGAGCUCAACGAUCCCAAACUCUCUCCACCGCCUGCGGGACUUUCACAUAUUUUCUUGAAUUCUGAUACCGGUAUCGACGGGGAGACCAACAAUUUGGCUGACGGACGACAAGAGGCACCGCUCGCAUAUGCCUCGGAAGACGAGCAGUUCUCGCCCACACCUGGGCAUUCGAGAGGAUUUUUGCUCAACGCGACGCCGCCGAAUGAUGCUUUGGUACAGCUUCAAAACGAUAAUGCUAACCUUCGCAUUGCCCUUAAAGCCGCGCAGGACGAGCUGGCAACAAGCAUCAAUACUGUAGUAGGUGCGCCAGAUCUGCCACAACCUCAGUAUCCGCCAACGCAUUUGACGAACGACGAUCCCUUCCGCUCUCCUACCACCAACGGCGGCAAUGGCGCUAGCCCGAUCGAUGAAAUCGAGGACGGCGUCUCACUCGAAGGCACUCUUGAGAGCGCCAAAGUUCAGAUUGAGCAACUAAUGGAAAUCAAUAAUGACUUUAUCCUGGAGCAAAGGCGAUGGAAUGGCAGACUGGGUCUAAAGUCCAGAAGUUCGCCGCUCAGAGCAGCAUCGUAGGACGAUGCAUAUGGACCCGUUGACCCCAUUGGAGGCGUGAAGAAUUUGAUGGCGUGGGUGAUGGAUAUGGAAUGAUCCUUGCGUAUAUUCUUUUGCGGUUGCAGAAUGAUACCCCCGGGCAUGUUUACAUCGCACAGAGCAGCUUUGUUUCGACGGAGAAAUUCAAGCUUGUCAAGAGCCGACUUGCUUUGUACAGAAAAGAGACAAAGUGCGCAUGAUACCCCCUUCACCGCUCCCAACGAGAAAUCGAUAUUCUUUAGGAAGUAGAACCAGCUAUGUAAUGAUGGAAAUGAUAACACUCGCUUCUCCGCUCCGA